AUGGGUGAAUAUCAAGAGUAUUUGAAAGGUUUAGAAGCGAUUGGACGUGCACCGCCAAGAGAUGUUGAGCCGCAAACGUUUCGACCACUCGCGUUUGGUAAUCCUUUUAAGGUUGACAAGGUUUGUAAGAGUAUCGCGGUGGAUGAGGUCGGUGAAGGUAAUAUACUGGGAGUUGCAAGUAAAGGCGAUACUCACAAGAAACGCUCGAACUCUUCUAGUGUCACCUCUCAAAGCAGCAGUCGUCCACCUAGACGCAAACCAGGGCCGUUGGCACGAAAUGCACUUUCAUUGUGGAGGUAUGUUUCGAAUUCAAUAUCCUGA